GAGAGGACAGAAGAGCGGCUGUGUUGUGUGUGCUGUCAGUGUGUUCCCUGCUGAGGGCUCGAGCGCACACCUCCGUGAGACACGGCACGAGUGUGUGUGUGUGUGUGUGUGAGUGAGUGAGUGAGCUGUGACACACAGGAGGGAAUGACAUGAACGCUCAUGAGAGGAAGCGAGGAAGAGACCUACGCGGACAGCAAGUGUUUCUGAGAGCCGACGACACACCUGCUGCUGCCCUGCCCUCCCUACAGGAUGCAUUGCUGCAGUUGGCCUCCAUUGUUGACGUCAACAGCCUUCAGACGACCAUCAAAGAUGUGCUCAGAGUCGUCCUGCCAAACGUGGAGUGUGUGUUCGUGUACCUGUUGGAGGCGGAGUCUCGGCUGCGAUGUGAGGAUCCGCCCCAUGAGGUGCCGCCAGAGGGCAAGCUCAGAGACGUGGUGAAGCAGCAGAAGAGACUGCAGUGCUCCGGCCUGCCCUCUGCAGAACUCCACCAGAACCAAACCUGCUCACUGACCGCACCACUGCCCGCCCACAAACGAGUGCUCAUCAUUCCUCUGGUGGACCGUGAUGAAGGGAAGGUGAUCUCUCUGAUUUUGCUCUGCUGUAAACCACUGACCGAACGAGAUGAACAAAACCUCAAUAUCCUGGAGAAACAUCUCACUGUGGCCUGUAAGCGAGUCAGAGACAUUCAGAGAUGCUCCAAACGGCCACACGCUCAAUCCCACAAUGCACCAGCGAAGCCCAAACCCCAUCCACAGCCAGAGGACUACAGAGAUCUCGACCGCAAGAUCCUGCGGCUGUGUGGUGAGCUGUACGAUCUGGACGCCGCCUCCCUGCAGCUGAAAGUCAUCAAUUAUUUGCAGACAGAAACUCAGUCGCAGUGCUGCUGUUUACUGCUGGUGUCUGAAGACAAUCACCAGCUCUUCUGUCAGGUUGUCGGUGAUAAAGUUUUGGAAGAGGAAAUCAGUUUUCCACUUAUGUUUGGUCGGUUUGGGCAGGUGGUGGAGACAAAGAAAUCCAUUACACUACAGGACGUCAGCCAGGAGGAACGCGGGUUACUGAGCAGUUUGUUGGGGUUCGAGCCGAACUCGAUGCUCUGUGUUCCUGUCAUCAGUCAAGCCACCGGACAGGUGGUGGCGCUAGCGUGUACCUUCAACAAACUGGGUGGACAGAGGUACAUGGAGGCGGAUGAGCAUGUGAUCCAGCACUGUUUCUGUUACACAUCGACGGUUCUCACCAGCACACUGGCCUUCCAGAAAGAGCAGAAACUCAAGUUUGAGUGUCAGGCUCUGCUGCAAGUGGCUAAAAACCUCUUCACACACCUCGAUGACGUGUCUGUAUUACUGCAGGAGAUCAUCAUAGAGGCCAGAAACCUGAGCAACGCUGAGAUUUGUUCUGUGUUUCCUGCUGAAGUUAUAAAAGAGUGUGGGAACCAAACAGCUGCUGGUUGCAAGGAACCGUUCUUUGUGUUCAGCAACAAGAAAGAAACUCAAAUUCCGGUUUGGCGGAAAACAGCAGGAGUGAAGGUGUCGGAGGAGGAUGGUCACCUAAACUCCUGCACACAGCUUAGCGGCAUCGGCCGGGUCCAAGAAGAAAUUCCACCACGCCGUCUACUUGCUCUGAGUUCACGAGUUACACGCCGCGCGGUCCUCUGCCCGACUCACGACCAGACCAAGAUGGCAGACGCCGAUCCAUGGAGCAUGCUUGAAGACAUGGGGCUUCAUCCAACACCUAUAAGCAAUCAACACCUGCACACGUUAGCCAGGUUUUGUCUGAUGGUGAAGAAGGGCUACAGAGACCCUCCGUAUCACAACUGGAUGCACGCUUUCUCCGUCUCACACUUCUGCUACCUGCUUUACAAGAACCUACAACUGUCCAACUACCUCGAAGAUAUAGAGAUCCUGGCGCUCUUCGUGUCCUGCAUGUGUCAUGAUCUGGAUCAUCGAGGAACCAACAACUCCUUUCAGGUGGCCUCGCAAUCCGUCCUGGCAGCCCUUUACAGUUCAGAGGGAUCAGUGAUGGAGAGACAUCACUUCGCUCAGGCCAUCGCCAUCCUCAACACACAAGGCUGCAACAUCUUUGAGAAGUUCUCUAGAAAGGACUAUCAGCGGAUGCUGGAUCUGAUGAGAGACAUCAUCCUGGCCACAGAUCUGGCUCACCACCUGAGGAUCUUCAAGGACCUGCAGAAGAUGGCUGAUGCCGGUUAUAACCCGAGGAGUCAAACCCAUCGCAGUCUGCUGCUGUGUCUCCUCAUGACCUCCUGUGACCUCUCUGACCAGACCAAGGGCUGGAAAACCACCAGGAAGAUCGCGGAGCUGAUCUAUAAAGAGUUCUUCUCUCAGGGAGAUCUGGAGAAGGCGAUGGGAAACAGACCCAGUGAGAUGAUGGACCGUGAGAAAGCCUACAUCCCUGAACUCCAGAUCAGCUUCAUGGAGCACAUCGCCAUGCCAAUAUACAAGCUCCUGCAGGAGAUUUUCCCGCGUUCGGCCGAGCUUUACGAGCGCGUGGCCGCCAACCGCGAGCAGUGGGCCAAAGUCUCGCACAAGUUCACCAUCCGCGGACUACCGAGCAACAACUCGCUGGACUUCCUGGACGAGGAGUUCGAGCUGCUGCAGUCUCAGGGUGCCUUCGGAGACGAUUCGCACCGCAUGAACGGUUGCCUGGACGACAACUGUGACAAACACAACCAAUGACGUCACUAGGGCAGAGGUCACCUGACCGUUUACGUCUUGGUAAAAUUCCGUAGUUACCGAUGAGGCUUUGAGGAAAGGUUCAUUGUCGCCUUUUUGCCGUUGCUAUGGAGACGGGUUUUGCUCAGUGAAGAACGACGGAUGGGGUUGCGCAGUCGGCGGAGUGUGUAAUGUUACGCAAACAUUUGGACUGAAAAAAUAAUAUUCUCAGUGGCCACGUUGUAAUAGCUAAACAUAUUUUAUUCUAAAUUAAACAACUAAACAACUAAUUGUAUGAAAUUUAACAAAUCCAGAAGCCCAGUGUUACAUUUUUAAAAGUUGUAACAAAUACAGGUGUCUUGUGUUACAUGUUUAGAACUUGUAACAAAUCCAGCUUCCUGGUGUUACAGUGUUACAUUUUUGAAACUUGUGACAAUUCCAGGAUCCUGGUGUUACAUUUUUAAAGCUUGUAAUAAUUCCAGCUGCAUGGUGUUAAUUUUUUUUACAACUUGUAACAGUGUAACAUCUGCUGCUCGAAUUGUUACAUUUUUAACACUUUGUAACAAUUUCAGAAACCUGGUGUCACAGUUUUAGAACUUGUAACAAUUACAGCUGCCUGGUGUUACAGUUACAUUUUUUUUAACUUGUAACAAUUCCAAGAUCCUGGUGUUACAUUUUUAAAACUCUUAACAAUUCCAGAUACCCAGUGUUACAUUUUUAAACUUGUAAUAAUUCCAGCUGCCUGGUGUUACAUUUGUUAACUACACUGUAACAAAGAAUUGUUACAUUUUUAAUACUUUGUAGCAAUUUCAGCAGCCUGAUGUUACACUUAUAACUGGUGUUACAGUAUUACCAGUUGUAAAAAUGGGUUACACUUUAUUUUUAAGGUGUCCUUGUUACAUAUGUUACAUGUACUUACUAUUAUAAUAACAAUUAAUUAUGCAUAAUUACAUGCAAGUAACCCUAAACCAAACCAUAACCAUACAGUAGGUACAUUAAGUUACUUAUAAGUUACAUAUAGCUACUUAAUAUUACUCAAUACUUAAAUGUAUAACUACACUGUAACAAAGACACCUUAAAAAAAGUGUAACCCAUUUUUACAACUUGUAACACUGUAACACCAGUUGCUGGAAUUGUUACAUUUUUAACACUUAGUAACAAUUCCAGCAGCCUGGCGUUACAUUUUUAGAACUUGUUACAUUUCCAGCAGCCUGGCGUUACACUUUUAGAACUUGUAACAAUUCCAGCAUCCCGGUGUUACAUUUUUACAACUUGUUACAUUUCCAGCAGCCCGGCGUUACAUUUUUAGAAGUGUUUUGUAGUAGUUGUUAUUUUGUUACACAUCCAAGAAGCUCAUUUCAAUAAUUCAAAGAAAACUAAGCCACUGUUUUCUUUUCAGAGUCCUUAGCGUACACAAAUUGUCAAACGAAACAGAUCUUUGGAUAAUUAAUCUUUUGCUUUCAACCAAUUUCUCCCCUCAGACAUCGGUUGUCCCUGUUUACACAGAAAAACGCAUUCCCCAAAUCCCAAAACAAUCAUUGAAAAUCUCAGUCAAGCGAGCAGCGGCUGGCGGCCAGAGAGCGAUCAGAGCGCGUCAGGCGUGAAAACACACGGCCCCCCGGAGACCUUCUGAGACAUCUGCUGGUUUCAGACGUGCCCAUCCGGACGCGACGUGGAGGAACUUUCUGAAUCUGUACAUAUAGUUGUGUGUUUUAAAGGGCUACGCGGCCCUCACACUUUUCUUUCUCAGGAUGGCAGAAUGUGUGCGUCAAAUGGAUCUUGCCUUACAAAUGUUUGCGUUGCCUUCCUGAGUGACUUUAAAAAGAGAUCUAUGUAUAAAAACGUUCAGCCUAUCUGUGUACAGUUCUGAAGCUACAUGGAUAUAUAGAGAUAUCUAUUUGCGUGUGUAAAUGUGUGUUUGCACAGGUGUGACUGUAAGUGCAUUUGCCAAAAUCUCCAAAGGACAGAAAAAAAAGAGUGAUGUCAGUUUGCUUGUACUAGCUUCUCCCACAAGGGUCGCUAACAUUAACCUGUGUCAGUUUCACAAAAACUCAUUCAUAUUUCACAGCAAAAUCAAAAGAAUUAAAGAAGUUAUAUUACAUUUUAUGAUUAAAAAUUUGCAUAAAAUAAGCCUUUUUUUAAGACCAUUAUCAUUGUAACAUUAAUUAAAUGUCCUUACGUUUUAUUUACGAAUUUUUUUUUUUUGUUCAUUACAGUAUAUAUAUAUAUAUAUAUAUAUA